AUGGCAUCAUUUAAUUUCCCCCUAGAGCUACUUGCAAUCAUCACAUCUCUCUCGGACACGGAAACCCUGAAGGCCCUAAGACUGACAAACCACACGCUAUCCGCCUUGGCAACCAAGAAUCUGUUCUCUACGCUCUCACUGUACACCGACGAUAAAAGCUGUGAGGCUUUCGGGUCAAUUAUAGCCCAUCCACAGUUAAAAGAACAUGUGCGCAAGAUCCGCUUCAAUACUGUCGAGGUCGACUCUGAACCUGACAUAGAGCACGAAGCAGUUGAGCUACCUUUCAAAUGGAAGGAGCUCCUAUUUAUGCUUCCGAAAAUUCCGAAUCUCGAAAGCGUCGUGCUGCGCUUCGACCAAAACUGCGUGCUAGACAGCCAUUAUCUCGAGGCUCCCCAGCCGAUUGAUUACCGAGAAACCAUCAUAAAAUGGCUGGGUACGGCGCUAGUGUCUUUAAAGCAACCCCUGAAAGAAUUAGGGAUUCAAAAUCAGCAGAAUGUGACACCAUUGAGUAAAGAUUUCCAGCAAGUACUGAGCAAGCUGAGCUCGCUGAGACUGAACGUUAUGCAUGAGCUCGUACCUGCAAGCCCUGAAGAUGAAAUCGAGAAAGCCGAGGCGCAAGAAUUCUACGCACGUAUACUGCCGUCAGUCUGGCUGAAACCCACCAUGGGAUCACUCCGGAAGCUGUCUCUAUAUUCCGGCUUUUACUGGGGAUUCUACCCUAAAUUCAGCCUCGAAGGGAUCCACUGCCCAAAUUUGCAGUCGCUCACUCUGGGCAACUUCUCCUUUUUCGAAGACCAGCAGCUCGAUUGGAUUCUAUCACAUUCGUCAACACUCCAAGAACUUUACCUUGACGAUUGUCCGAUUUUAUUCCACGCGAGAAUAUUGGAUUACGAAUUCCAACUUGACAAAUGCCCGCUACCGAAAUCCAGAAUGAAAUUUCAAAUUAAUGAGAAGUGGAGCGAUGACUGGCACUACGAUUAUCCACGCCGAUGGAAUGACUAUUUUGCCUCAUUUGAGACCGGCCUUCCACACCUCCGUCAUUUUGCGAUUGGUCACAAUCAAGCAUGGAACUCAGAUCAUGGGUGGGGGCUGCCAUUCGAGAAAGAACUGGACCUUGUACCGGUAUUGAUGCACGAACGUUACAUGGAGUUUGAUGGGGGUAUAGGGCCCUCUCAAUUCACUUCAUCAAGGCGGGAAGACGAUAAGGAGGCCUGGCCACAUUGCGAUGACGAAGAUCGUGAGGCUUUGAAGGCAUUAUAUCGGAAGAUCAAGCAGCAGGUAGACUGUGGGAAUUUUGAGAUCGGAAAUUACGAGGUGGCUGAUUUGCUAGAAGUUUCCUAUUGA